AUGCCUGUCACUCUCGUCCUCGGCUCCCAAUGGGGCGAUGAGGGCAAAGGCAAGCUCGUCGACAUCCUCGCGUCGUCAGCGUCAAUGGUGGCCCGAGCUGCAGGCGGCAACAACGCAGGACACACCAUUGUCGUCAACGACGUGACUUACGACUUCCACAUCCUGCCCUCCGGCCUGAUCAACCCCUCGUGUCAGCUCAACCUGAUCGGCACAGGCUGCGUCGUACACAUCCCGAGCUUCUUCAAGGAGCUCGGCGCCCUCGAAGCCAAAGGCCUGCAGGGCGUGCGCGACCGCAUCCUUAUCUCCGACCGCGCCCAAGUCUGCUUCGAUCUGCACAGCGUCGUCGACGGCAUCGCCGAAGACUCGCACAAGAACAUCGAGGGCGGCAAGGGCGUCAUCGGCACCACACGCAAGGGAAUUGGUCCAUGCUACAGCGACAAGGUUGCCCGCCGUGGCGUCACGUUCUGGAUGUUGGUCAACGAGGAGCAGCGCUGGGUGCAACGCCUCCGCGACCUGGAAGCCAGCUAUCGUAAGCUGUACGGUGACGCUGCGCUGCAAGGCUACAGCGUCGAGGACGAGAUCAAGAAACUACAAGGCUUCCGCGAAGAACUACAGCGAUAUGUCGUCGACCAGACCCCAUUGCUCGCGCAAGCCGUCGGCAACAGAAGCAUCAUCACAGCCAACGGCAGCGCCGCAGCGCAAACCCAAUCGCCCAACAUCCUCAUCGAAGGCGCCAACGCACUCCUCCUCGACGUCGACCACGGCACCUACCCAUACGUGACCUCGAGCAACACCGGGCUCGGCGGCGUCUUCACCGGCCUCGCGGGCCUCAGCCCACAAGCGCUCUCCGCACCGGGCUCCAACAUCGUCGGCGUCGUCAAAGCAUACACGACACGCGUCGGCUCCGGCCCAUUUCCCACCGAACUUGACGCCUCCAUCUCACCCGUCGACGCCGACUACGGCGAACGCCUGCAACGCAUCGGCCGCGAAUUCGGCGUCACGACUGGCCGCAAGCGCCGCUGCGGCUGGUUCGACCUGGUGCUGGUGCGCUAUUCGGCGGCCGUCAACUGCUACACGCAGCUGAACGUCACGAAGCUCGACGUGCUCGACGACUUCGAGGAGAUCCGCGUCGCCACCGGCUACCGCGUCAACGGCGAGCUGCUACCCAGCUUCCCCGCCGAUCUCGACGCCAUGGACAAGCUCCAAAUCGAGUACAAGACCUUCCCUGGCUGGCGCACCCAGACCACCGGCGUUAAGACCUUCGAGGCUCUGCCCGUCCAGGCCAGGGAGUAUGUCGAGUACAUUGAGCGCGAGGUCGGCAUCCCUGUCAAGUGGAUUGGCACGGGCCCCAGACGCGAUGAUAUGAUUGUGCGAUGA